AUGUUUAACUUACAAACAGGACCGAAAGAAGUAUUUCCAUAUAACUACUACAGCAGUACUUUGUUAGCAAAUGACAACAGAACUGGUGUCAUUUCUGAAGCGUGUAAGUUUAUCCAGGAUGUGGAUACGUUCAUGAAAAACAUAGAUUCCAUCAAAGGUUGCAGAAUAGAUGAAAACCACUUCGACUUAGAAAAAUAUAGCACAUUUUAUUGCAAACAAGAUGUAAGAAUUUUAAGAGAAGGUUUUGUUAAGUUCCGCAAUGACAUAUUGAAAGAAUUUGAUUUAAACGUUUAUGACUACGUUAGUAUUUGUUCAAUUGCUAACAAAUUAUUUGAGAACAGAGUAUACUUCCCGAAUGGAAAUCUUUAUGACCUCUCAAAUAAACCAAGAGAAUUUAUUUCGAGAUGCAUUCAAGGUGGAAGAUGUAUGCUGUCAGAUAACAUGAAACAAAAGAGCGAAAAGAAACUCAUUGCUGACUUCGACGCUGUUUCAUUAUAUCCAUCCGCUAUAGCAAGACUUUAUACUUUAGAAGGAAUUCCAAAAGUAUUGAAGGAUGAGAUGUUAAGCACAGAGUAUCUCAUGAGACAUUUAUUCAACGACGACCAAAAGGAACCUAUUGGUGAAAAGUUUAUGUCUGGCUUCUUUGUUCUCAUUAAGAUAACAGAGAUUAGCAUACAUAGACACUUUCCUUUAAUAGUUUGUGACCCUGAACUAAAUCCAGAACUUAACGUUCCCAGAAGUUCAAACACUUGCUGUCUCAUGUAUGUUGACCAUAUAACAUUACAAGACCUCAUAAAAUAUCAAGGUGUCAAAUGUGAAGUGUUGCAAGGAUACUAUUACGAUGGAAACAGAGAUAUUAGAAUAAGAGAUGAAGUAAAGAAGUUGUUUGAGUUAAGGUUAAAGUAUAAGAAAGAAGGAAAUCCUUUGCAAGAAAAUAUAAAGCUCAUUCUGAACA